UUUUUCUUGCUAGUUUUGUGGUUUCCGCUGCCUUUCUUUUGGGGAGGUUCAAAUUAGUCCGGUCGUGCCAGAGUGGAAGGACCCAGUGGGCGUUAGGACCUGGCCGCAGUGCUGAAGACAAACGACACGCUGAGAUAUUUACACCGAAGCGCUUGGUAAACCCUUGCGCUGACGAAUCCCUCGGACUCACCGUGAUGACCACAACCACGUGGUGAAGUCAGUGCUAUAUAAAUCUCUCUCCAACCGGCUGCCUUCAGAUGUGCAUGUGUGUGCUGGCACAGGGACCGUUGUUUUCCACCAGAAGGAACAGAGGAGUGCGUAAACUGAAAAGGAAAUCGCUUUUGCCUGCUCUUACAGAAGUUUAUCCCAUCACUCCGUACUCUUCUUCGCUGUCGGGCAACUUUAGUACGCGUGAGACAGGUACAGCUUCAUUUUCUUCAGCAUCUGCUGGUGCCAAACGCGAGGAGGAGGAGGAGGAGAGGCGAUGCGCCUUGCGGAGUGAGCAGAGGCUUUUCCUGGACCUCCACAUCUUCUCAUACAGCGAGGGCGAGUGGGAGGCGUGAUUGUGCGGCGCUUUGGAGAGAGUUUGCGGCGCUCUGAUGCGGUGGAGGUGCGCGCAAAAAGCCCGCAGGCGACGCGUCUGUCAAAAAGAGAGCUUUGCGAAGCAGAAACUUUUGAUGGCCAAAUCAAUGGCUCUUUUAGUGCCCCGUGAUUCUGUGCACUUGCUAUGAACUGAUUUGGAAUGAAGAUCUUAGUUUCUCUCCCGCAUAUAACGGAUCUGACAGAAGACCAUUUCGCGUUGGCACCUCGGAUGGAUUUGCAGGUACAAUAAACAGAGACGUUUGCCAUUGAUAAUAGCGUGCGCACAAAGUUAAAUUUGGCUUCGCCAUCGAAAUGAUUGGGCUUCUGCGUAACUUAAUUCAUUAAUUAGCAUUUUCAAACUCGCUUCAGCUUCAAAAAGAAAAGCACAAAAUGAACUUGUACGUCUUGAGUCUCCUUCUGACCUUGGAUUUAGCCACAGUGGCCGUCAGUUUAUCCACAUGCAGCACUCUGGACAUGGAGCAGUUCAAAAAGAAGCGGAUCGAGGCCAUCCGCGGUCAGAUCCUCAGUAAACUCAAGCUGAGCAGUCCUCCCGAGAUCUACCCCGAGCCCGAGGAGGUGUCCCGGGACAUCAUCGCCAUCUAUAACAGCACACGGGACCUGCUGCAGGAGAAAGCCAACGAGCGAGCCGCCACCUGCGAGAGACAGCGCAGCGAGGAGGAGUACUACGCCAAAGAAGUGCACAAGAUAGACAUGCAGCCCUUCUACCCUGCUGAGAAUGUCAUCUCUCCAACACAUUAUAACCCGUACUUCAGGAGGCUCAGGUUUGACGUGAGCUCCAUGGAGAAGAACGCCUCGAACCUGGUGAAGGCAGAGCUCAGGAUCUUCAGGCUGCAGAACUCGAAGGCCCGUGUGUCUGAGCAGCGGAUUGAGCUUUACCAGAUUUUAGGUCACAAGGACCUCACGUCUCCCACUCAGCGCUACAUUGACAGCAAGGUGGUGCGCACCCGCACGGAGGGCGAGUGGCUGUCGUUCGACGUGACGGAGGCCGUCAGCGAGUGGCUGCUGCACAGAGACAGAAACAAUGGAUUCAAGAUCAGUCUGCACUGUCCCUGCUGCACAUUUGUGCCGUCAAAUAAUUACAUCAUCCCCAACAAGAGCGAGGAGCUGGAGGCGCGCUUUGCAGGUAUAGAUGACAGCUUUGUGCAUGGAGGGGAUCUGAAGAUGUUUAAAAAGCGGCGUCACAGCGGUCAGUCUCCGCACCUGCUGCUGAUGCUGCUCCCGUCAUACCGACUGGAGUCGCAGCACAAGAGCCACAGACAGAAACGCGCUCUGGACGCGGCCUUCUGCUCCAGGAAUGUGCAGGACAACUGCUGUUUACGCUCUCUCUACAUUGACUUCAAGAAGGAUCUGGGCUGGAGGUGGAUCCACGAACCCAAAGGUUAUAACGCCAACUUCUGUGCGGGAGCCUGUCCGUAUCUGUGGAGCGCAGACACCCAGCACAGCAACAUCCUUGGCCUCUAUAACACCAUCAAUCCAGAAGCAUCCGCAUCUCCUUGCUGUGUGUCUCAGGACCUGGAACCCCUCACAAUCCUUUACUACAUCGGAAAAACCCCCAAAAUAGAGCAGCUCUCCAACAUGAUUGUCAAGUCCUGCAAGUGCAGCUAGGAACCGAUCAGCUCCGUUUCCGAGAACACGCAUUCACUCAAACAAACACACAGUAAUUUAAAACCCAAUCACACACGUGCUGGGCAGGGUGUCGAGGUACAACAGAGUAAUUCCUACAAACUGCUGGAAACGGCCCUGUUGGCAUGUGUCACAUCACCCGCUCGUCACUCUAUGGAUGUGAGUUUGGCAAACACUGGAAGUACGUGAUAGGUGUCUAUAUGUGAAGCAAGCGGAAGAGAAAAUCCCUUGUUCCAUUUAUUUCAAACCAACACUUCUGUUUUUUUUUUGUGUUGUUGUUUUUUUUUGUUGUUGUUGAUUUUGUUUCCCUCAAUAAUACGGAUACUGUUUGUUUGGUAAUAUAUAAAACCCAUGAUAUUGUUCACCAAUACUGGUGAAGAGCUGAAAACCUCUGGCGAACAGUUGCCACAAACUGCGCAGUUGUCGCAAAUGAACUUCGAGUUUGGAGCAAAUGAAGCGUUUUUGCAUAGGGGUUGGCGACAGAAAGAUGAAAUAUUCCAGAAAGUUAAUGCAAGCCUCAGAAAGACAUAGUUUAAGCCACCUUACAUGGUGUAAAAAAAGGCCAAGACCAAUAAGUCAUGUUGUUCCAAGCAGCCAAAGACGUUUUGUUCCAUUGCAAACAGAAACAUUCUCUACACAAAUACGCAACUGCACACGCAAAUGCUGCAAAGCAAAACCAUUGCAUUUUUGUAUCACUGUGGCAGAAACAAACAGAGUUUCCAUCAAAUGUCUGCACCAUUAAUCCAAAUGCUUUAUUAUGCAGAUAGCUGGAUAUAAACAUGCUCAGAAAGAUUCUCUUCAAACUGUUGCUCUGCCAUGACAGUAAUUGACCUGGAAGAGAAAAGUAUGCUAUGAUAUUUAAGUUGUGUUUCAGAACUUAACAGCGUGUGAAACUGAGCUUGCAAAGCAAGACGUGUUUAUGAUUAUGUUCAUAUAUGUGGAAGAACGUUAAACGCCUUAUUCUGAAGUUUAAAAAUGUUUGUCUACAAAUUUAUGUCUAGCUAGCUCUUAUUCUUGACACAAAUCAUUUGUAAAGAUCACAACAAUACCUGCAAAAAAAGUCCCAGGCAGAAAUGGUGCCUAUAACACAAGCCUGAAAGUUAGUUCCUUUAGGAUUGGCAGAGGACAGUCUUUACUGUAUUUUAAGGUGACGCUGUUACAGUGUAAUUACACAAAUAUGUACCGAGUAAUAUUAAUUAACUGCAUGUGCUUACUGUAGGGUUAAGUACAUGUAACUAUGCCACCUAAAAAUAGUGUUUGCACUGUUUGCAUGGUUUGAAAACAAUUCACAAAUUAAAACAGCUGCAAACAGCCACAAAUUUGCAUAAAAGCAGGCGUUUCUGAAAAGAAUGACCGUGACUUUUAGAUAGUCACCGCACAGAGCUAUACCAGGGCAUGUUGUGCCUGGUUAAACUGGAAUACGGGUGGUUAGUAAAAAACAUGCGGGGUACAGCAUGCAAAAUUGGCAACUUCUUGAAUUCACCCUAUGGUCCCUUAUUAGAGCAGGUGAAGCUGUGAUGUCACCAACUCGACAGUGUUGAAAGGAAGUGAUGUCAUCAGACUGGUACAGAGACUGAGGCGAGGGCAGGUCAUUUGCAAUAGGUGUGUUUACAUGCACUAAUCAGAAUGAAUCCAGUCCGAAUCAGAUUCUCAAAGCUCCGUUUACACUAACUUAUUUGUUUACACGUGCAUUACAUGAAUUGCGAACAAAAAUUUUGCACAUGCGCAGUUCCCAGUUGCCACAUUCAGAACUGGACAUAUCUAAAAAUAUAUAUAUUUUUUUUUUUCUUACCAGUUUGUAAGACAGAACAUGUAAAUAAACAUACACACGUUUGCAUGACAUAAAACUAUCACUGAUGCAUACGAGUACUUAUGUUUGCGUAUUUUCGAAUCUGUCCGAGAAAAUAGUCAUGCUUAAUUUUUUUCCUGUUGAUUGGAUUGUUUAAGGCUUGUAAACCUGAAAUAAUCAAAUCAACAGGAAAAAAAAGAAGCACGUAAAUCACCCCUUUAAAUUCGAUUUGAAUUGUAUUUGGAAUCGUUUACAUGAAGGCUUUUCAGUCCGAUUGAGCCAUUGAUCCAAUUCUAAACGGAUCAUUUGGGUGCAUGUAAACGUAGCUAUUGAUGUGAGAAGAGUGAGUUGCUUUGGUAAAGUCAGAGAUUUUGAUGAAAGGAUUUGAAGAAUGUGAACAGACGUAUAAUGGAUGUGUAAGUGAGAGACGGUAACAUCCUUUGAACAUGUUGUGCUGAAGCCAGCUUGACGAAUGCACUGCAGCCGCCGCGGACGCUGACGUCCACAACACUUAUCAUGGAGAAAUGUUUUCUACACAUCUCAAAGUGUCUUCCUGAAUUUGUGAUUUUGUUUUCUCUCAGAGAAAGUGAUCCUUUGUUACGAAGAAUUGCACUGACUAUUUUAUUGCUACAUUUUUUAUUUGUAACUUUUGUUUGUUGGUUUUUAUUCGUAGUAAUGGCUUCACCCACAUAACAUGAGCAGAUGAUGUGAGUGGCUUCCAGGUGGAGGUUCCCCUUUUAACUAGUCCUUAUCUUAACCAGUGUUAGAGAGAAACUGGUGGCAGAUCAGAUUAAAAGAGCAACGUCCAUUCGUGAUUUUUAGGUGACACUUAUUUUAUUUGUAUUAGGGCAAGAAUGCCAGUGGACUUCCUGCAGACACAGGAAGUGGAAGAAGACACCAGCAUUGUCACACUAGAGCUGUUUAUUGUUAUUGUUGUCUAUGAUGAUGAUGAUGUUGAUAUUGUUGACCCACUAUGAUGUAUUGUAACACAUUACUGUUGUGGUGCUCUAGUGGUAAAUAAAUUAUUUAAGUGACAAGUGAUUGUGCGCUUGUGUUUUAGUUUGAUAAAUUGCAUUUGUUUUUGAUUCAGACAAGUCGAAUAUAUAGUCUU